UUGCCCCGGAGAGGCCCAUUUGCAAUUGCUGCUCUUUUUCCAUCGGCACCACUUUUGUUAUUUUAGGUUGAAGCGUUCCUUUUUCCCUUCGGGGCAGCUCCUCUGAACGCUAAGCAGAUUACUGGAGGCGUGUGAAGGACAGGGCGAGGAGGUGCCUUCUGGGGAAGAGAUUUGGCUCCAAAAUAGGACGCUAAGCGCCUUUCGCCUGUGCCCUUAAUUUGAUUACCCAGGCAGCGCCAGCGCACCAGGCGGUACCGACCGAGACGGUCUGCGGCUGGCUGCUCUCUCGGGAGAGGAGGCAGCAGUCGGGCGGCCAAAGCGAUUGUGCAAAAAAUGGAAGCGCCCGAGAAGCUGUGCGAGGAAAGAAACGCCUUUUAAUCAAGACCCAGCUUUGCCUUCGUUUCCAUGACAGUUAUUAGGUAACAGAGACAUUGAAUUGUCUCCCACAAUGCUCUGGAGGAAGGGGUGGGGGGUGGGGAAGAGGUUGCUCCAGUGACAAAGCUGCGGAGUUCUGACUGGCAGGAACUCGCCUCUCGGAGAAUUUCAAACUCCUGGAAUAUUCUGCCUUUUCUCGGCCGCCUCUUCUGCGCUCUGCCCGAAAGUGACGGGCAGGGCUGGUGCUUGCUUUCAUCCCCACCCCCCACCCCCAAAGGAAAUCUUCAGAAUCCCUCUUCUGAUUUUCGCGAGGCACAACAGGCUCCGGCGGCGCGAGGAUAUGAACAAUUUUCCAGGUGGGCUACUCAGAGGGAGUAAAGCUGAAAGACGCCCAAUCAGGCUUAGGCAACCCACAGCCUUGUCCAAAUGCCUCUCCGGCGGAUCUCGGUAAUUCCAGCGCAGGAGACGACUAGCAAUGGGAGAAGUUCCAUAGGUAAAAACAAAGAGAAGAACAGAGAAGUCGAGAAUUUCAGAAUUUGAAAAGGGAUAAGUGGAAGGAGAAAAUGUUGGGUUGGUGCCAAGCGAUAGCUCGAAAUCCUCACAGAUUCCCAAACAGCACAAGAACCCCUGAAGUCACAGGUGAUGCUACACAUAUCUCUGCCUUGAAUGAGAAAUCUCCAGGGCGCUCAACGAGUCGAUCAAGUAACAUUUCAAAGAAAUUUCCUCUUAACUGUUCCAAUCUACUAGAGAUCUUCAGAACUACAGUUUUGAGAAGUCUGCAUCAAGCAAGCAGUCCUACCACAGGGACAGCUCCCGGGAGCCAAUCACGGUUAUCUGUCUGCCCAUCUACUCAGGAUAUCUGUAGAUCUUCUACUUUGCAUGACCUAUCAGAAGAUAUGUUUGAAACGUCAAUCCAUGUCAUGGGGCUAAGUUCUGCUAGGAAAAAGCAUGUAAAAAAGGUGAAACAAGGUGUUAGGCAGAGAAAGAAGGCUGAGGAGAAUUCUGAGGAUAUAAUAAAGCAAAGAAAAGACAAGGAUGUCAAGUCACAUCCCAAGAUCACAAAUCCUCGAUGGAAUGCCUUUUGCAAAGCAACAUCCGAUUCUUCAACGUCAGAUGAAAAUUAUUGGGCCUUAGUUAGAAAAAGAGAUAGAGCCAAAAUGGUUAGGAAAAUGAGAAGACAGAACCCUUCAGAUGUUUCUACAGAUGAGCGUUGCAAUAAGAAUGCUACUGAACUUACUACUAUGGGAAUGAGUGGGGAAAAGAAGUCAGAGCCUGGAAAUUAUAAUUUAAAUAAUCCUAGGAGGAAGAUUGGAAGUUAUAAAGAAAACUCCCUCUCAUUAUCUUCUGUGUCUUCUGUGGAACCAAAUUCCUUGAGACGAUCUGGAAAACACCAGAGUAGCCGUCAGAAUCCAGAUCCCUCAGCUUACAUUAGGCAAGGCAGAACAAGUAAGGAGGACAGUGGUUCGGAGGAAAGCACAGGCAGAGAUCUUUUUACAGUUACAGGAAAUGGAACCCCUGCUGAGACAGGAACUUCUGUGACUGUGGCUGCUCGGAAACAUCCUGCGUUUUAUGAGGACUUAUCUGAGGAUUUUGAAGAAUGCAGGAUCUGUCACUGUGAGGGAGAUGAUGAAAGCCCUCUUAUCACACCAUGUCGCUGCACAGGGACCCUGCGUUUCGUUCAUCAGGCUUGUCUACAUCAGUGGAUUAAGAGCUCAGACACACGUUGCUGUGAACUCUGCAAGUAUGACUUCAUCAUGGAGACUAAACUUAAACCUCUCCGAAAGUGGGAGAAACUACAGAUGACAACAAGUGAAAGAAGAAAAAUAGUUUGCUCAGUCACAUUCCACAUUAUUGCUAUUACCUGUGUAGUUUGGUCAUUGUACGUAUUGAUAGAUCGGACUGCUGAGGAAAUUAAGCAAGGCAAUGACAAUGGAGUCCUAGAAUGGCCAUUCUGGACGAAAUUGGUUGUGGUAGCCAUUGGAUUCACUGGAGGCCUUGUCUUCAUGUAUGUGCAAUGUAAAGUCUACAUUCAGUUAUGGCGAAGGCUGAAGGCUUAUAACCGAGUAAUAUUUGUUCAGAACUGUCCAGAUACUGCCAAAAAACUAGAAGAAAAAAAUUCUUCCACCAUUCAGAACACUGAAAUUAAGGAUACUGUUGUCGUUCCAGUAUCACAGAUAGAUACAAACUUUCAGCAAACGGAAGAAACUAUUUCUGAUGUCAUGCCAGUUUGAUGAAAGUAGCAUUUCUGGGGGGAACAAAGUGAAAUGUUUCUAUUAGCUACAAGAAAAAAAAUUCAAAUCCAUGGAGUAUGUUUGAAAAAAGAACAAACAUAAAAAAAUAAAAUAGCAAGGAAAAUUGAUAAUAAGCUGCACAUUACCUCUGAAAUGUAAAUGAGAAUUUUUUUUUUCACUUUUCUUGCUAAGUACAGUUAAAAGUAGAAGUGAAGAAGAUAGAGAAACAAAAACUUCUAAUGGGCAAAUGGACAUGCCAACACUACUAUUGAUGGCUUAAAAGAACUGCAUUUGCAGAAAUUCUACUGGUGUUCUGUUUACAAGAAAAAAAAACUUUUAUGUGUAUUUGCUACUAUGGUCUUUUUGCUAAUUAUUGUAGACUUGGUUGGGGGGAGAUCAAAGCAAAUUUUUAAGGUUCUUAUAAAGGUAUGCAUCAAAGCACAAAUUAUCUGUUUGAUAAUGUGAUAUUUAAUGCUAUGGUGAUUACCCUACAACAUUUCUGUAAAAACAACCAUGCUGUUAUUAAGUAAUAAUGAAUUUUGAGUAUUUGUAAACUAGAAUAUUAGAAAUAUUUUUCUUGGUCAACAAUAGACACAGAAAUAAUUAACGGCAAAUUCCUGUUCAAUUCAAAUUGCUACAUUCAUCUGGAGCAGCAACUUAGUUUGUAAUUAUUCUUAUAUAAUCGCAUAUUAAAACAGAGAGAAUUUUCCGGCUGCCUAUAAAAUUAUUCUUCUAAAGGGUAAUUCAUUAAAUCGGAGUAUUAAGACACCAGAGUACUUUUGUUAACAAAAGGCUUUACAAUUUUCAGUAUCUAUUUAUUAGGAUGAAAAAUAUGCAAAAAUAAAAAUAAAAAUCAGAAGUUACAGUCCAAUGAUUUGUUUUAAAGAUAGCCUUGAAAAAGUCAGUGUGGACAGCACUCAAAUUAUGACAAUAUUCAGUGUGAACUUAAUUGACAACGUAUAUGCAGUAACUUCUAUACAAGAAAGAAUUUUAACAGUUAAGUAUUCAAUAGUUCAUUUGAUACUAUUAUUAAUAUAUUAAUAUAAAAUGAGGGUAAGAUGUUUAAAUUCAUAUCAAUAUAAAAAUGCAGCCUGCAGGGAUCCAAAGAAUAAUUUGGCAUCCCAUUUCAGAAGUAUUUACCCAGGAGGUUUAAAGAAAGUAAGAUAUUUACCAAAAAAUAAGUAUCUUAUUUCUAUCACUGUUAUGCUUGUUGAUUGUAUUGUGAGUUGUGCCCAAGUAAUGUGAGUUAAUAAAAGAAAAUAGUAAUAAGGGGAACUGAUGAUGAAAAGUUGCAAUUGGUGAUUUCUAAAAGAAUUAUAAUUCAUGCUGCAGAUUAAAAAAAAGUAAACUCUUUUUCCUAAGAUGAUUAUACUUGUUUGUUCCAUUGAGAAAUUGCAAAAGCAAUUAAUUUCAUUAAGAUAAAUGGGUAUUUUCUCACUGAUGUCAGUAAGUCAGAACUUGUUACCAUGAUCAGAAAUCUAGCUUGGUUGAAAAGAUAUUAACCAUAAAGUUAAUAUUGUACAAUACGAUAGAUAUGACAAGAAUUAUAAUGCUGGGAAUCUUUUGGAAAUGAAAACUGGGUAACUGAACCGUAAACUAAACAGUUCAGAUAAAAGAAAAAAAUGUGAUUAUAGUAUUUUGUGGUGUUUAGAUGAUCCCAUAAUUUAACACAGAUAAUGGGAGAGAUGGAAAAGAAGUCAGGCCACAAGCUGAAAUCAAAUUCAAACUGAGUGGUCUGCCUUUUCUUUUCUAAGUGACAUGUAGAAGAUCAAGAUAUAGUUUGGGUUAUAUUUAUAAUUUGGAGUGGUAAUUUAUGUUUUUUCUCCAACUAUAAAUAUUUAUGAUGUUACUAUGCUUUUCAUAGAAGAUCACGAUGGCAUUAAGAGCUGAAAACUGAACUUAUAUGCAACAAAAUGCACUUUCAGAAUAAUACUGCAAUGUGAAUUUCUUACCAUUCUGCUAAUGUUUCUGUCAGUUCAGGCAGUUAGUUGCCCAACUAUAUAUUUUGCAGAGCCUAUACAAUGGAGCCCAUAUAGGACAACAUUGUGUAAAAGGAUUAUCAUGCAUGUGGUAAAAGGUAAAUGACUGGUAUUCAUAUAUUUCAGAGCCAGUAAAAUACUAGAUUCAUAGAAAUGUUGGCAUGUUUAUAUAGCAUGAUGUAUUGGGAGAAAAGGUCUACGUGAUUCCCAUACCAAAAUUUAGAAAAAAAACUUAUAAUUAUGCCAGCAACAGUUUUAACCAAGAUUUGUUUUGGUUUAAUUCCAUAGAACUUAGGGAAUUAUGUUAUUUUUAAAAUCUGAUUCACUUAGAAACAAGUAUGAAGAAACAGCUUUCAGCUGUAUUUAAAAAAUUAAAUGUGUCCCACAGUUUGCAAUAUGCAAUCUUUUAUGCUGUCUUUUUUGAGUACCAGUUAAAGAAAAAGUAUGUUACAGAUAGCAGAAAAAAUGUGGAAUAUAUCGUCCUUUUAAGGAAAAAAAGCAAAUUUUUAAAUUCCAUCAUUUUUUCUUUGGUCGGUUGGUUGUUUUACUCUUAGGCAGCAUUCUGUUCAAAUUUUCCUGCUAUCUGUAUAUCUAAAAUCCUAAUAGUAUAAUUGCUACAGGUGGAAAACAAUCAGUAGCAAAAGUCAGUAUUGCAUUGUUGCACAGAUUCCCAUUUAUCUGAAAAUUAUCUCUCAAUUUCUGAAAAUUGCACUGCAAUCUAUGAUGCAAAUAUUUUAUUAUAUAUAAUCACUGGACUUGCAAGUUUGUUACUUGUUUUACCCAGUUCUCUUUGGCAAGAGCUUUUGUGGGUGAUUUGUGUAUUAAAGAGGUUCUUGGGGUGAAGAAAAAAACUAAUUGUUGUGGAACAAAUUUGUAUUUGUAAUAAACAGAUGACUCAAA